AUGCCCUCCAUCCUCACCCACCUGGUCUGCCUCGGGUUUUACACCUGCCAGUAUGAGAUGCUGAAUUGGUCCCAGCCCAGCGACCCACUAGAGCUGGUGGUCACAGGUGUCCUCCCGGACCAGCCCUCGCUCUCGGUGCAUCCUGGCCCCCGAGUCCCCCUAGGAGGGAACGUGACCCUCCUCUGUCACUCGCCGACCUCGUACGACACAUUUGUUCUGUCCAGAGACGUGGGAAGAGCAUCCUCCAUGGAAUACAUCAAGCAGAGCCUGGGUGUGUUCCUUCUCUCGCCUGUGAGCCAGGCUCGCGGGGGCACCUACCGGUGCUACGGCUUUCACAGCGGCUUCCCCUACGAGUGGUCAGCGCCCAGCGGCUCCCUGGAGGUCACCGUCACAGGCGUCUACAAAAAACCCCACAUCCUGGUCCGGCGGGCGCCUCCUAAGAACAGGUCCCUGACCUGUGUCUCCAGCAGCUGGUUCGAUGCCUUCCACCUGUCCAGGGAGGGCGACGCCGGUCCGCCUUUGCACCUGAGAUCCAAGUACCAGGCCGGGGUGUUCCAGGCCAGCUUCCCCAUGAGCCUGGCCCAUGGCGGGACCUACCGCUGCUACGGGGCCCUGAGCACGGCCUCCUACCUGUGGUCCAGUCCCAGUGACCCUGUGGUGCUGGAGGACCGAGGACCUGUCCCCUGGAUUUACCUGCGGCUGGGCCUCGGGCUGUGUCUGGGCCAGGCUGGAGCACAGGGCGGCCCUCUCCCCAAGCCCUCCCUCCAGGCCCUGCCCAGCCCCCUGGUGCCCCUGGAGAAGUCCGUGACCAUCCGGUGCCAGGGGCCGCCUGGCGUGGACUUGUACCGCCUGGAGAAACUGAGGUCCAGCAAAUACGAGGACCAGGCGACGCUCUUCAUCCCGGCCAUGAAGAGAAGUUUCGCGGGCAGUUACCGCUGCUCCUACCAGAACGGGAGCCACUGGUCCCCACCCAGCGACCAGCUGAAGCUGGUUGCCACAGGAGUCUACCAGAAGCCCUCGCUCUCGGCCCAGCCCGGCCCCGCGGUGUCCCCGGGCGGGGACGUGACCCUGCACUGCCAGACGCCGCUGAGCUUUGACCAGUUUGCUCUGUACAAGGAGGGCGACGCCGAGCCCUACAAGAACCCCGAGAGGUGGUAUCGCGCCAGCUUCCCCAUCAUCACGGUCACCGCCGCCCACAGCGGAACCUAUCGCUGCUACAGCUUCUCCAGCGGGUCCCCGUACCUGUGGUCGGCCCCCAGCGACCCCCUGGAGCUCGUGGUCACAGGUGCCUCUGUGACCCCCAGCCAGCCACCCACAGGACCACCUUCCUCCAUACCAGACACUCCUAGGAAUAUCACCGUCAGCCCACGGGGACCAGGUGCUCCGAUUGGCCCUGCCCAUCAGCGCUACAUCGAAGGCAAUCUGGUCCGGAUGGGCCUUGGCGCCGUGAUCCUGGUACUUCUAGCAGGACUUCUGGCUGAGGAUUGGCACAGUAGGAAGAGACCCCUGACAUGCAGGGUCAGGGCUGUGCACCGGCCACUGCCCCCGCUCCCACAGGCCCGGAGGCCACACACGGGGCAGGACGGAGGUCAACCAGAUGGCUGCAGCCACUAG